ACCCUCUCUUUAAGUAGAGCCCCCCUCCCUCCAUCUGCCUUAAAUCUCUCAAGUCUCAGCCCUAUCUUCCUUUUUGUUUAUUAGGAAAAAAAGAGUAGAGUUUGAGUAACUGAAGAAGGGAAAAAAUGGGUAUUGCAGGUGCAGUGUGCAUUAUUGUGGGUUUUAUCUCAUCAAUGUGGAUGGCUGAGGCAAGAAUUCCAGGAGUUUACUCCGGUGGGGCAUGGCAAAAUGCACAUGCUACCUUCUACGGCGGCUCUGAUGCCUCUGGCACCAUGGGAGGAGCUUGUGGAUAUGGAAACUUGUACAGCCAAGGUUACGGAGUUAACACGGCAGCCUUGAGCACAGCAUUGUUCAACAAUGGGUUAAGCUGCGGUGCUUGCUUUGAGAUAAAGUGCGCAAGUGAUCCAAAAUGGUGCCAUUCCGGAAGCCCUUCCAUCUUCAUCACGGCAACCAACUUUUGCCCCCCAAACUACGCUCUCCCAAACGACAAUGGCGGCUGGUGCAACCCUCCUCGCUCUCACUUUGACCUCGCCAUGCCCAUGUUCCUUAAGAUUGCUGAGUACCGUGCAGGAAUCGUUCCUGUUUCUUACCGCCGGGUGCCAUGCCGGAAGAGGGGAGGGAUCAGGUUCACUAUCAACGGUUUCCGUUACUUCAACUUGGUUUUGAUCUCGAACGUGGCGGGUGCAGGGGAUCUUGUGAAGGUUAGCGUGAAAGGAUCAAGGACUGGUUGGAUGAGCAUGAGCCGAAACUGGGGUCAGAACUGGCAAUCAAACGCCGUUCUUGUUGGUCAGUCACUCUCUUUCAGGGUCACAGGCAGUGACAGGCGCACUUCCACCUCUUGGAACAUCGUUCCCGCCCAUUGGCAGUUUGGUCAAACAUUCACCGGCAAGAAUUUCAGAGUUUGAUAAAUAUGUGUUUUAUUAUUUUUCUUUUUGACGAUUUGGAGGAAGGAAGAACCAAUUUGCAAAAGAAAAACUUAUUAACCCCAAGAGUGAAAAAAACUUUAGCAGUAAAAACGAAAAAAAAUACAAGUUCCCCGCCAUGAUCCAUUUCCAUUUCUACUCUUCUUUCCUUUUGGGUUUCGACUUUUUUAACCAGUAUUGACCCUUUUAAGUGGUAAAGAGACGAAGGGCAAAUAUGUAAGGGAAAAAGACUGAUACGGCUGCACAAGACUGUAGCCCACAGCCAAAAGGUUACCAGUUAGUUUAACGAGGCUAUAUAAUAUUAUAUACUAUUUGCCUUAGUAUAGUUGAGUUGAAAUAUAUAUAAAUGUUUGGUUUGUUUCCUAUUUGAAUAUGUUAGGAAGUAGGGUUUUUUUAAAAUAUAUUUACAUAAGUCGAGAUAUCGUAACUUUCAUUAUGUUUGACGUCGUAUAUCUACAAAUUCUUAUACUCUCCAAUUUCUAGUUAGCGCUAUAAUCCGAAAGUUAAUGGCUUUACUGAAUACGGAGUGUCGUAGCUUCAUUAGCCAUGGUCUUAUGUAAAAUGGAGCAGGGUUUGGAUACAAUCAUGAAGCACUUUAAUGGAUAUUAUUUAUGGAUUCCCAAUUAUUGCCACUUUCUUGGGGGAAUUUCUUGUUAGUUUCUCAAAGCAAA